GACACAGGACACAAGACACAGGACACAGGACACAGGACACAAGACACAGGACACAGGACAUGGGACAUGGGACACAGGACAUGGGACAUGGGAAACAGGACAUGGGACAUGGGACAUGGGACAUGGGACACAGGAGAUGGGACAUGGGACACAGGAGAUGGGACACAGGACAUAUCAUGA